AUGUUGCGGGAUCCAGGCCUCCAGGCCGACAAACAAAAAGCUACACCGUUUCGUGUGCACACGGUUCAUCAUCGACGGCCCGAAACCCGCGUAAAUGGACGGAUGGAUUACUUUACGGCUGCAGUCGCGGUCACCAACUCGUUGAACUUCCCGAGGCGAUGGGACGCGGAUGGCAGAUUCACACUUGCGUCGCUCGCCAUAACGGCUAUAGUGUGUUUGGCGGUUCUCGUUCCAUCGUACGGGGACGAGUGUGUUAGCAUGAAACGGGACCGACAUCGUACGAUCAUGGAAGAGUACCGCCAUUCACCGAAUUGGGACGGAUUCCUCACGGAGGACACGCUGAAUCUGCAAAACAACGAAACCGAAGUGGAUCUAUCGAAGCAGGGCUUUCGAGAGGUGCACUGGCAUCUUAGCAGCGUCAUCGGCGACGGGUAUGAGAUAUACGAUCUCAAUCUGGCGUACAACAACCUCGAGGAGCUGAACGAGCUGACCUUCCUGAAGUUCUACUCCCUGGAGACGCUCAAUCUAUCCAACAAUCGCCUUCAAACGGUUGGAAAUCUUACAUUUGGUUCGCUAAUCCGGCUGGUCGAGCUCGACCUAUCCUUUAACCUGCUCCACACGCUUGAGGUGCAAGCGUUCGAUCGGUUGUACGCACUCGAGGCCUUGAUUCUGCGGGAAAACUGUCUGGUGACGCUGGCACCGCAUCAGUUCCACUUCAACGAUCAUCUGUCGUCGGUACUGCUCGACCACAACCAGCUGGCGUUCUUACCGCCGAUCCUUUUCGAUCCCAUCACGAUGGUGGACGAGAUCUACGAGCUGGACCUUUCGAACAACAACUUCCGCCGGAUGCCGUACAUCGAGACGAAGGAGAUAUCACUGCUGAAAAUCGAUCAUAAUCACAUAGAGACGCUGACGGUGAACCGAUCGUUUAACGUUCGUGCGCUGCAGAUCCAGCACAACAACAUCUACGACGCGGACCUGUUCAAGUUCAACCGAGCCGAACACAUCGACCUAUCGUAUAACAACCUGGACAACAUCGUUGGGCUGCACGAGAUGAACCAGCUGGAGUAUCUCGAUCUGUCGUCGAACAACGUGUCCCGGUUCGAUUACAACCUCAAGUAUUCGAUCCGUAACAUCCCGAGUCUGGUGACAUUGCGGCUACAGAACUGCAGCUUGAACGAGCAUAACCUCCCUGGGUUGCUGGCGUCCGAGUCGAUCCUCAAUCUCGACCUAUCGCAGAACAACUUCAUCCGGUUGAACAUGAGCGAGCUAGCGCGUAUGCACACCCUGCAGUACCUUAGCCUGAAUUUCAACUAUCUCCGAGAGUUGAUCAAUUACGAAAAGAUGGGGCACGAGUUCCCGUACCUGGAGCUCAUCUCGGUGUCGUUCAACCGCUGGAACUGUACGUACUACGAUCAGCUGAACGCUUACCUCAACCGCACGCACAUUCGUUCGACCAGCGAUCCUCGCGACUGCUAUAUCAAUGGUACCCACGUGACCGACUCCUACGUCACCGACUCCUUCGAGCCACAGUACACGAUGAACCAUGUUAAGCGCGACAUGAGCGUACUGCGCAACCUGGGCCGCAACACCAUCUACUUCAUGUACGCCGUCUACUCGACGCUGAGAGCCCAGGGCAACGAGACGGCCAUGCAUCAGCAGCAGCAGGAUCGUCAGGUGGCGGAUCUUGAGCGGGACGUUGACCGGUUGCUUGGGAUGCUCGCCUUCCUGGUGGCCAUCUUUGCUGGUGUACUGUUCGUCGCACUCGCGUACGGUGCCUACCGACUCGUACGCCGAUGGCAGCACGAUCGAUCCGUCAAGGUGGUGACGUACAGCAAGCGCUCAAACGAGUUCAGCAAUGGCGUGACGGUAAACGAAGUGAUGCGCGAGAACUCGGCGGCGUAGAGCUAGAAGAGGACGUUGUCUCCGCAUGGUGCCAACUGGGAGGGUUCCCUUUCCAUUACCAAAAACAUACCAACAAAUGUACAUUAAAUUGCAACUAUCAUGUGAUCGUGAGCGGCAGCUCAAAACUGGACUAAACAACCAACUGCUAUUGCUUCGAAAGACAAUUUUAUCGAACGUAGGCACAUGUUUACCCGUCCAGUUACAUUAGAACGAACUAUCAAUCUUUAAUCCUUUGUUUGAGUGGUUGAGCCUUGAAAGCAUUUGUUUUAUUCAGAAGGCUUUGAAAUUGCUCAUGUCACACCAGGGAUUCCUAAUCAAUAAAAAAAAAAGUAAAUGCAAAUACGGAUCGUUUUAUGAGGACAAGCAAACAGAUCCGUAAGUGUCGUCGUUACCAAAACAUUUGAUCGUGUAAUGUAAACAGUAAUGUCCGGUUAAUAAAGAAUAUGAUAUAA